UGUCAAUGUCAAAUUUGUCAAAAACAAAUUCCAGGGUUGAUUUUUCCAAUCUUUUGAUAAAGAUGAUUAGCGUAUAAUGUAGCAGACAAUUUGCAGAUUAAGUGAAGAAAAAGCAUUACCACAAUGGCAUUCAGACAAUUAACUGAGGCGGAAUGUGGCCAGGCCAACCCCUUGCAGAGACUAACUUCACACAUCACAUCUGACCAUACCUUUGCAGACAGUCAUGGGCAGCUCUUCCAGACCAACUCGGACCAGUUGGUCGAGCAAUUCCUGCAGGAAACCAGAGCCCUUCCACAGACCUUCCGAAUGGACGAUCUCAUGCGGGAGAUGCACGAAAUUGAGUCUCAAAGGUCAGUCCUACCCCCUGUACCUGCUUCCACUGUUAAAGAUCAACUGCACGAUGUUCAAGAAGGGGCUUGGGCCCAACAGUAUAUUGAAGAUGGCAAAAAGUUUGAUGAAGGAGUAAACGGUAAUGAAGCAGUUUGGGCAGAGAUAUUGUCCCAAGAAAAAAGUGAACAUGACUUCAUGUCAUUAACAAAUGCUUGGAAUCAUGAAAUUUUGAAUGCUGAGGCUGCAUUAAGUGAAGAUCAACUGGACUCUACUAAUGAAGAUUCUAAGUUUGUUUACUCAAAGUUUAUGAAAUUUAUGAAAACUGAGCAAGAUACACAGGUAGAUGUUGGUGGUGGUAAGUUGACAGAAGCUGAGGCAGAAGCAUGGACAAAAGAAUAUUUUGAUGACAAAGUACAAGAGGAUGCUGACUCAUUGCUAGCAAGGAAAUGGGCUGAGGAACAUGUCAAAACAAAGGAUGAUGAUUACAAUUCAACAUUUUGGGAUCAGUUCCAAGAAGACAUGAAAAAGACAGCUGAAUUAGGAAAUGAUGCACCUCAUCCAUGGAUGGAUGAAUUCAACACAUAUUACAACACUCCACCAAAGGAGUAUGAAUUUAGUGAUGAAAACCCCAUGCUAGAGACUCCCAAGCCACUAGAAAAAGGCAAACAAUUUCUGGAAGAAGGUGAUUUUCCCAGUGCAGUCCUUUGCUUUGAAGCUGCAGUAAAACAAGAGAGCAAUAAUGCAGAAGCUUGGUUGUUAUUGGGAACCACUCAGGCUGAAAAUGAACAGGAUCCUCAAGCAAUAGCGGCCCUGAACAAGUGCCUGGAGCUGGAACCGACCGACUUGCGCGCCUUGAUGGCCUUAGCUGUGUGCUACACGAACGAGAGUUACUACAAUCAAGCAUGCUUGGCUCUGUUAAACUGGCUGAAGUACAAUCCUAAGUACAAGGACUUAGUCGAGUCCGGAGACCUCAGGAUAUCGGGGCAAGUUACCAGUUUGCUAGAUCCGAGUCAGCACAAGCAGGUGCAGGAUCUGUUCAUCAAAGCUGCGCAACGAAAUCCCAAGGAUAUUGAUUAUGAGAUACAAUGCGGCUUAGGUGUUCUGUUCAAUCUGUCUGGGGAAUACAACAAAGCUGCUGAUUGUUUUACCGCUGCGCUUUCUGUAAAACCGGACGACGCACGGCUUUGGAAUAGGUUAGGUGCAACUUUAGCUAAUGGUUCAAGGCCAGAGGAAGCUGUAGAUGCUUAUCAUCACGCUUUGAACAUUGUGCCUGGUUUUAUCAGGGCCAGGUAUAAUGUCGGAAUCACUUGUAUCAAUCUAAAUGCGUAUAGGGAAGCGGCCGAGCAUUUCUUGACAGCUCUGAACCAGCAGGCCAGAGGCAAAGACGUCAUGAACUCCGGUUCCGCGUCGCAAAUGUCGGACACGAUUUGGUCGACGUUAAGGAUGUGUGUGUCUCUGAUGAACCAGGGCGAACUCAAACCUCUGGUUGAUCGGAGGGACCUUAAAGAGUUGAACAAAAUAUUCAACAUAGAUUAAGAAAUCGGGGAGGAACAUAUUUUUAAGAUGUAAACCGAGAGCUACUAAUGUCAGGCCUAUGCAGUUCUCGUUGCUGUCUGAUGCAAAGAUAUGCUUCGAAUUUUUCCAGGAGUGCAAUAGUUUUAGUAUCAAGCAAUAAUUAUUCCAUGCAUCAUCGUUGAUUAAAACUUGGGAUUGCAUUUGACCAAUUUUGCUCUUCGUUUUUAUAUUACAUUUUUAAUAGUAACGUCAUCGAAAUGGAUCCAUAUUAACGUACAGAAAGCCAUUCGUUGACUAAAAUUUUCUUUUUGAUUGUGGCUGACAUAGUAGUCUUCUGGUAGUAAUAAAUCGAUAAUAUGUUACAAAACUCAAACACGUGGGCGUUUUAAAAAAUAUUAAAAUUUCAACUUUCCGAACACGUUAUUGUUACAUAUACAGAGAUACUUCAUAAACUAUAGAAAUAAUUGGUCACUUAACCUUUAUUGCUAGUAGAAGUGUAGUAAAACAUUAUUGGCAACAGUGUGGCAUACCACAGUUUUCCAUAUUUGCCACUACUGCGAAUUUACUCUAGAAUAAAAGAACUUGCUUAGAGUAUUCUUAGUUAGAGAUGCAACGCUAAUUUUGAUAUUGAUAUAUUUUUUUAAAUUGUCGCUAUUAAAAAUUAUGAUUUACCUUCAGCCAAAGCGAACUUAGUUACUACAGAGUAGGAAAAAGUUUGUCACUGGUUGCCUGAUUAUUUCCAACUAGCUGUUGAGCUACAGUUUUCGGUAGAAUUAUUGAAACUAUGAUGUUGCUACCUCUCUAGCUAUUGUACAUUUAUUUCUGUUUGAAACUUUAGUUUUCUUCAAGUUUGAAUUUUAAACACGAUACGACGUUGGGUUUUUUCCCAUAUGUGGGUUUUUUCUCCCAAUGUACUUUGAAGCCUAUAGUUCGUACCUUCUUUUUCAAAUCUGGCUGUAAAUUAUCAAAAACUCGUUUGUAUAUAUCUUCUCAGCUUUGACCGGAUCUUGAGAUGUUCAAUAAAAAAAAUUACACAAUUAAGCAGUGUACUUGAUGCUUGUCUUUAGCUACUCCAAUAAAAAAGAAACUGGUAAUAUAAAAUGUUCGGUGCAGUUUUUUUUAAGUUGUAACUUAACUUCGAACGACUGCUAAAAAAUAUAGACCUCUCAGUUCAUUCAUAAAAUCAAAAAUAAGUUGUGCUCAUGUCGAUGGGCGAGGGCGGAGUGAAAACAAAACAUAAACAUAACCCAUACUUACCUAUGAAACGAAACAUGUUCUUCUGUUUAGUAGGCUAUCAUUUGACACAUGUAGCAGUGUUACAUCGUUACUAAUUUUACAAACACGCAAAAAAUCAUUGCGGAUAAAAAUAAAGAAAAUUCGAAUGGCAAGUUACAACCGUCAACACGGAAACUCACAAUGACACAUUAUUAUGAAUGACGCGUUGACGCAACUUAAGCGACGUUGUCAAUUGUUACAGCUUCAUAGUCGUCCGACUAUUUGUCAUAUUGCAUUUUUGCAUAAAAAUAACCUAGUAAAUAAUUUUUCUCAUGUCAUGGAAAUGUUGCUAAGCACAUUUACCCGCUGUUAACUUAUCAACGGUACUGAAUACCAACUAUAGAUUUUCGGAGAUUUAAUAGCCUCCAUUGAGGGAGAUGCAACAUGGCAAAUUGCCCAGGAGAUGUCUUCCAAAAAAUAUGUAAAUAGGUAGGUAGGUCUAUAUUUUUUAGUAGUCGAUCAUAAUUUCAGAUGAUUUCUGGGUGAAAGAUACAUAUCUUUCAAUUUCAAAUAGCUCUAAGAUCCGUACAAAGAUUCUCGAAAAAGUGUUAUUUCAAGGCAAUAAUAGCCAUUUUUUUUUAAUAAUUAUUAAAACAUAAUCAGUAUAUUAUGUGUGAAUGUUUCGCUAUAUAAAGAAACAAAUAUAUCUUUACUAUAGUUAGAGCUGGUCCCCCAUAGACCGUAUUGGACUAAGGUGCGUAUCGUCAGUCGUUCCCACUAUUAUAGGACGCCUUUAUGGCCGCCUUGAUUUUCAUGGUUUUCUACUGUUCCGUGUCAGCGCUCUAUUUUGAGGUUAUGUUACAAAUAUCUAUUUGCAUCAAACUGUUCAUGCUUUUGAUUUAUAUCAGCCUGAAUUUUUCUACAAUCAACAGCCUCACAAUAGGAAAGCGCUGACGCUGACACGGAACAGUAGAAAUCUAGAAAUACCCCAGCCUUCCUGAAGCAGAGAAAAGACUACAAUUGUAGGACGCCUUUAUGGCCUCCUUGAUUUUCAUAGUAUUUUCUCUCCUGCUGAAAGGCUGGUGUAUUUCUAGAUUUCUACUGUUCCGUGUCAGCGUCAGCGCUUUCCUAUUGUAAGACUAUGUUUUCUUUUUGAAUUGCAGGAAAUUCCAGGCUAUAUAACAGAUGAUAAAAAUUAAAAGCAUGAACAAUCUGAUGCAAAUAGACUUGUAACAUAACCUCAAAAGAGAACACUGCACAUAAGAGUAGAAAACUAUGAAAAUCAAGGACAUAAAGGCGUCCUACAAUUUAUUGAAUGGACGACUGACGAUACGGCCUUUAGAUAUAAAAUUUGUGCAAAUUGAAAAGAGAUCCAAACAAUAGUUUUCCACUUCAUUAAUGAAAUACAUUUUUUGCUUUUAGUUUUAUAUUAACCCAUCAAGCCGCGAACCGGCUCUGGCUCUAAUUUUACAUUUUGUAAUCGUAUGUUUAAGAUCGACUUAUAAGUUUAUGCUUCUGUAUGCGUCAGUAUAGGUUGUGACGUCAGUAGCUCAUAGGAUAUCAUUGGGUUCGACGACCUGGGCGAUUUUUAUACAGUUAUAUUGUCUUCAUUUUCAAGUUAAAUAUAGUUGUUACUUGUUUGGAAGUUGUUUUCCUCUAUCCAAUGCUCAUUGUCCCAAUCCUACUGAUGAUUCAACGGAAGAUUUAACUGAAAGAAAGAUCACC